UCCAAUCACAGCUGAUCACAUGUAAACAGGGAAAUGCCGGUUAUCAGGGGACAUGUACACUGAUCAUCAGGGCACUGCUGAUCAGUGUGCCCUGAUGAUCAGUGUAGCCCCAGCAGUACCACCUGUCAGUGUCCAUCAGUGCCAACUGUCAGUGCUCAUCCAUGCCACCUGCCAGUGCCCAUCAGUGCCACAUUUCAGUGCCUACCAGUGCACAUCAAUUCCACAUAUCGGUGCCCAUCUGAGCUGCCUUUCAGUGUCACCUAUCAUUGCCAGUCAGUGCUGCCUAUCAGUGUGCAUCAGUGCCGCCUAUCAGUGCCCAUCAGUG